AUGGCCGCAAGCACGAGUUCGCGGCGCCUCCGCAUUGGUGUCGAUGUCGGCGGCACCAACACUGACGGCGUCAUCAUCGACCCUUUCCAGUCUGCGGCCCAGGAUAAAGGUAUUUUGGCCUGGCACAAAGCGCCCACGACAACAAAUCCUAGCCUCGGAAUCAGCGAGGCCAUCACUGCCAUGUUCAAAACUGCGGCCAUCAAGACCGAAGAUGUAGCAAGCGUGACCAUCGGGACGACUCAUUUUGUCAACGCUGUGGUCGAAAGAGAUGCUGCCAGGCUUUCUCCCGUGGCCGUCAUUCGUCUUUGUGGACCGUUUUCCAAGCACACACCUCCAUGUGUGGAUUGGCCUGACGACAUGCGCGAGUUGAUCCUCGGACACUAUGCCUUAUUGAAGGGCGGAUUGGAAGUGGAUGGACACUUAAUCUCCGAUAUCGACGAGAGUGAGAUCAAGACACAGUGCGCCGUUAUCCGUGAGAAAGGGAUCAAGAGCGUUGUAGUUAUCGGAGUUUUCAGCCCCAUCGAUACUGUUGAGAGACAAGAGGGACGGACGGCGGACAUCAUCAAAGCAGAGAUCCCAGGAUGUGAUGUCGUCUGCUCAAAGGAAGUCGCGAAUCUUGGCUUCCUCGAACGAGAAAAUGCCGCUAUUCUCAACGCAUCUAUUCUACCAUUUGCACGCAAAACGAUCCGGUCAUUUCACGAGCCCGUCAAACGACUUGGCUUGAACUGCCCAGUCUUCAUUACGCAGAACGAUGGUACCGUGCUGUCUGGAGAAGUCGCUGCUCGACUGCCUAUUCGAACAUUCUCGAGCGGUCCUACGAACAGUAUGAGAGGAGCUGCCUUUUUGGUACAGGGUGAGCCGAACGAGUCCAUGAUGGUGGUUGACAUUGGCGGCACGACUACCGAUGUGGGAAUUUUGCUUGCAAACGGAUUCCCCCGUCAACAAGCAGCCUAUAGCAAUCUUUCAGGCGUUAGGAUGAACUUUUCCUGCCCAGACAUCAAGAGCAUCGGCCUCGGCGGAGGCUCCAUUGUCCGGAAAGAAAAUGGUCUCUCCAUCGGUCCAGACAGUGUGGGAUACAAGCUCCCCCAGGAAGCUGUUGUUUUUGGUGGCAAAGUCCUGACUACAACUGACUGUACUGUUUUGGGGAACCCGGACGCCAAAAUCGGCGACCCUGAGUUGGUCAAGGGUGCAUUGUCGGAAGGCGAGCUCAUAAAGUUUAAGACGUUGGUGAAACACAAGCUGGAGAAGGUCAUCGACACCAUGAAGACUUCGAUUGAAGACAUCCCGGUUCUUCUGGUAGGAGGAGGCGCGGUCAUUGCCCCAGAUGAGCUCAAAGGAGCGAGUAAAGUAUUGAAGCCGCAGUGGUCCCAAGUGGCGAAUGCCAUUGGCGCUGCCAUGGCAAGAGUCAGCGCUGUCGUUGACACGAUCAAGUCCACUGAAUCACAGACAACCAAAGAAAUCCUCGAGGAGGUCAGUAAUGAGGCUAUCGAGAGAGUAGUCAAGGCUGGAGCCGCACGCUCAUCCGUUUCCAUUGUGGAGCAGGAAACCCUGCCGCUUCCGUACGUCGCGAACAAAUCCCGGUUCAUCGUUCGUGCUACUGGCGACUUUGACUUCGCUCGAAUUGAUCCCACUCCGGAAUUGGUUGAUGAACCAGUAGAGCCAGGGCAGGAAAUGGACAAGUACGAAAAGAUAGCGAAGAACAAGAGCUCUCAUCAGGACGUUGGCGAAGAUAUCGACAUUCUUGCCUAUCGGCCCAAUGUCAAGGACCGCGUCUGGUCCAUCUCCGAAACCGACCUAAACUGGAUCGCUACCGGCUGCUACAUCCUAGGGACUGGAGGAGGUGGCUCUCCCUAUUCAUCAAUGAUCCGAAUAAGAACCCAGCUCCGCAACGGGGCAACCGCCCUCAUUAUUAGUCCAGAUGACUUGCCUGACGAUGCCCAAGUUGGUUGCGGCGGAGGAGCAGGCAGCCCCACCGUGGCAAUUGAGAAACUCGCCGGCGACGAGCUUCUUGAAUCUCAGACAGAACUUUCUAAAAUCUGCGAUAAAGCGGCGACACACAUGAUUUCGGUCGAAAUCGGCGGUGCGAACGGUCUCGGAGGGCUGGUUUUGGGUUGCAGCACGAGCAUGGACAUUCCUACCGUGGAUGGAGACUGGAUGGGUAGAGCAUACCCAACAAAAUGGCAGACUACGCCCGUGGUCUUCAAGGAGCGUGACACAAUUUGGUCUCCCAUUGCUGUCAGCGAUGGCAACGGAAAUGUGCUCGUCAUGCCGAAAGCGUCCUCUGAUACCCACGUUGAGCGCAUCAUCCGCGCUGCUCUCAGCGAGAUGGGGUCCAUAGUGGGAACUGCAGACGCCCCAGUAACAGGGGCAGAGACGAAACGCUGGGUUGUGGAACACACGCUCUCUCAGUCAUGGAGAAUUGGCCGAGCAGUGGCAAGGGCGCGACAGGAGAACAGGGUCGACACCGUGGCUGAGACCAUCAUCGACGAGUGUGGAGGUCCUGGGGCAGGCAAGGUUCUCUGGAAGGGGAAGAUUGUCGGCGUGGAGAGGACGUUGAGGAACGGCCAUACCUAUGGAGAGUGUCUCAUUGAAGGAGCGGAUGUGAGAGAUGACGGAGUUGACGCGACUAGGGACAAGCCUGCACAGUUCAAGGGCCUCGUCAAGAUCCCGUUCAAGAACGAGAACAUCGCUGCUCUGCGUGUCCACCCCGACCGCAAGGAAGAGCUGCAGGAGGAUGUUCUCGCCAUUGUCCCCGAUUUGGUCAGUGUUAUUGACGCGCAGAACGGAGAGGCUGUGGGCACGCCCGAGUACCGCUACGGAUUGCUGGUGAUUGUGCUGGGCAUCUCGGCAAGCGACCGAUGGACUGGGACGGAACGGGGCAUCAAGAUCGGAGGACCCGAGGCUUUUGGGUUUGAACACCUGAAGUAUGCACCUUUGGGCAAGUUUGUGAAGCCGAAGAGCGUGAUUGAUGAGUUCAAUGAAUCGUCUUAG